AUGGACGUAGUUCUACAAGGUCAAAAAUUAGAUGAAGAAAUCAAUGCGAUCAAACGACAUUUACAAGCAAUCUCAAAUCAAUCAUUAAAAUUAAAUCAUGAUUAUAGUUCACCAACUAAUCAAAGACCAAGAAAAGUUAAUAUUCCUCAGAUUCCCUUGGCUGAACUUCCUGAACCUAAUUUCAAUUCCACUACCACCGAUAGUUCUUCAUCAGAACCUAUCCCUUUGACCAUCAAGUCAUUAAAACCAGCUCUGGUCUUCAAUUUGACUUGUUCACCUACUUCAACCAUUGCCGAAUUAAAACAACAAUUAAUCAAAUCCAACAGUACAGCACCAUCUCUAGAUUCUCAACGUUGGUUAUACAAAGGAAAAGCUUUGGCAGAUAACAAACUUUUGAAAGAAUACGAUUCCAUCAAACCCAACGAAACGAUUCAUCUGAUGAUCAAAGCCAGCAGUAUGACUCCUAGUUCAGCCUUAACGGCUUCUAACCCAACCGAAUCAGAAGAUCCAACGACUCCAAAAGCCAAUAUCUUAUCAUCAUCCACUUCUGAUACUUCUCAACGUUCUCCCAACCCUCCUGUACCGAUGAACAUUCCAAAGAUCACCAUGGAAAAUGAUGGAGGUCAAAUGGGAGAGAUUCCGAUCAUUGCUAGAUCUAGAUCAGGUUCAGUUCAUACCAAUGCAUCUCAUUCACCUCAUACUGGUAUCUCGGAAUCCUUUAGAUCCUUGGUGACUAAAAACGAAUUUUGGGUAGACUUGAAGGAUUUCUUGACUCAACAGUUUGGUCCUUAUGGACCGGGUGAAUCGAAUGCAAGACAGAUGUGGGAACAUUGGUUUAUUGCUAGUAAGGAAUGGUUAUCGGCUAGUGAUAUUGCUAGAAUUAGAGAAGCCGCUGGGAUUUCUGGUAUGGCUGGACGUUGA